UCAACAAUAACUCAUUCCUUUCCUACCCGCUUUCUUCAUCAAUACUACUGUUUACUUGCUACCACCAAAACUCCCCACAAGAUAUUCAUAUAACAUACUUACCCUUUCUCGGCGACUGAACUCCAUAAUUCGCAAAUGGAAGACAUAGUUACUGACACCGAAUCAGCAAUCACUACUCCUCCGAUUCGUCAAGUGCUUCUCAUCUCCGCUGGUGCUAGUCACUCCGUCGCUCUUUUAUCUGGAAAUGUUGUUUGUUCAUGGGGAAGGGGAGAAGAUGGACAACUAGGCCAUGGGGAUGCUGAAGAUAGGCUAUCCCCUACCCAGUUAAGUGCUUUGGAUGGGCAAGAAAUUGUAUCUCUUACUUGUGGAGCUGAUCAUACAACUGCAUUUUCAGAGUCAAGUCUGAAUGUAUACAGCUGGGGAUGGGGCGAUUUCGGAAGACUAGGCCAUGGCAACUCUACUGAUUUCUUUAUUCCUCAGCCAAUAAAAGCAUUACAAGGGUUGCGUAUAAGGCAAAUUGCUUGUGGUGAUAGCCAUUGUUUGGCUGUGACCAUGGAAGGCGAGGUGCAAAGUUGGGGCCGAAAUCAAAAUGGUCAACUUGGUUUAGGAACAAUUGAGGACUCUCUUGUUCCACAAAAGAUUGAAGCAUUUAAGGGUAUAACUGUGAAAAUGGUUGCUGCUGGUGCUGAGCAUACUGUUGCUAUCACUGAAGAUGGGGAUCUUUAUGGCUGGGGUUGGGGUCGAUAUGGUAAUUUGGGCUUAGGUGACAGAAAAGAUCGCAACAUUCCAGAGAAAGCUUCAGUUAUCAGCGGGGAAAAGAUGAUUCUUGUUGCAUGUGGCUGGAGGCAUACAAUCUCUGUUUCCUCUUCUGGUGAUUUAUAUACUUUUGGCUGGAGCAAAUACGGUCAACUUGGUCAUGGAGAUUUUAAAGACCAUCUUGUCCCUCAUAAACUUGAAGCAUUACAUGGCCAAUUCAUAUCACAGAUUUCGGGUGGAUGGAGGCACACUAUGGCAUUAACAUCAGAGGGAAAGCUUUACGGAUGGGGAUGGAACAAGUUUGGGCAGGUUGGUGUUGGGGACAAUCAGGACCAUUGCUUUCCUAUGCAAGUCAAAAUUCCAAAUGAGCAGAAAGUAGUUCAGAUUUCAUGUGGAUGGAGGCAUACACUUGCUGUUACUGAAAGAGCUAAUGUGUUUUCGUGGGGCAGGGGUACAAAUGGACAACUAGGACACAAGGAAGCUAUUGACAGAAACAUUCCCAAGAUAAUUGAAGUUUUGAGCAGGGAUGGAUCUAGUGGACAACAGUUAGAAUCCUCAAGGACAGACCCAUCAUCAGGGAAACUUUCGGUGUUGCCAUCUGAUAGAUAUGCAGUUGUCCCUGAUGAAAAUGCUCAAGCCGGGACCAAUGGAAAUGACGCUAGUGUCCCUGAGAACGAUGUGAAGAGAAUGAGGAUCUGAAUUUUGCAAAAUUUCAAAGUUUAGCGUUUGUGGUAUUAUGAUGUUGAGAAAGUUUAAGUAGUAGUGAUUCCAUGUUAGUAAUUAAGAGUUUAUAUGCAUGUUUAUCAGUUAAUCUACCAUGUUAUGUACUUAUGUAAUAUGUAAUAUGUUUAGGUGGUUGUCUUUGCUUUGUUAUCUGAUGUUAAUAAAUAAUAAUUGUGUUUAGCGAUG